GGCUGUGGACAGGGAGGUGGACCUCAAGAGCUAUAAAGGCUUUCUCUGCCCGUGUGGAGCCAGUGAGAAGAGCCUGCCAGAGUCGGCCUUCUCAGCGUUCCAGGUCUUCUGAAGCCAUGGGCAUCCGCUACCUCCUGGUUCUGGUUCUUGUCCUCCUGGUAUUGGGAUGUGAGGUCCAGGGGGCCCACAUGCCCCAGCAAGAUGAAGGCACCCCCUCCUCCCUAUUCAGCCAGAUACAGGAAUCACUCUAUAGGUACUGGGGGACAGCCAAGUCAGCCGCCCAGGAGCUGUACGAGAAGACAUACCUGACCACCAUGGAUGAGAAAAUCAGGGAAAUAUACAACAAAAGCACAGCAGCUGUGAGCACUUACGCAGGGGUUUUCACUGACCAGUUACUUUCUAUGCUGAAGGGAGACCAGUAACAGCUGGGCCCCGACCAGGGGGGAAGGGAGAGUCCAGACCCCUUGGCUCCUCUCACCUACCCCCUACUUCUCAGCAGCUACCAGCAUCCUGCUCCCAACGCUCGUCUGUUCUUCUUAUAAAUAAAUUAAUUUAAAAAACCA